AGCAGCAGCUGGCCUCGGUGUGCCGUCCGGUUGCGCGUUGUAGCAGUCGUGUGCUGUUUGGUGUUGCGCGCGCGCGUACUGCGUAAGUGUAGUGUAUCCGCCCGUGUUUUUCGUACCGACUGCUUGAGUGAGUUAAGGGCACGCGCGUGUGCAACAGCGACCACUGCCGAUUACCGAAAGUCGUUUAGUGUGAGUUUGUGUGCGGAAUUGUGCAUGAUGAUCGUAUAGACUUUAAGUAAUCGAAACAACAUGUCGGUUAGGGAACCGUAUGGGCCGGGAUCGUCGUUGGUCCCAACGGGCACUAGGUCACCGCGGGGUACUAGACGCAUAGCUACCGAACUUCCGACCGUGGAUCGUUCGCCUUCCAGGACGUAUCCGACGGGAAGUGGUGGUCAGCGAAACAGCCCGGUAGGCCGUAGGACCGUACGCCCGGGUGCUGGAUCACCGGAUCACCACAAUCCGUAUCAAACUAAUGGCAUAAAUGGAGGUGGCGGUAUGACCGGUUCGUAUUACGGUAGAGACGACGAUCUCAACAGCCCCGUACUGUUGGACGAACGAGGUCGUUCAAUGGGACCAGGUGGUGCAUCGCAUCGUUCGCGAAGUGCUAGUCGUCCAUCUGAUCGAAUGGGUGUUAUGCCACCAUCUCGAUACCAGUCCCUGGAUCGUAAUACUGGCGGUGGUAUUCUUACAGAUACGAGCGGGUAUCACGACCGGGACUACAGGUCGUUUGAUAGAGACCGCGGAGGUUACGGGUUUACAUCCACCGAUGACGAUCCAUACGGCCCUGUGACUUCCCGAUCCCGACAGUCGCCAGGUGGUGGCCAUUUCAUGUCCAACGCUCGCGAAACUGGCCAUUUUCUAGGCGAAUUACAGCAUCAAAAUACGGACUUGCAUCGAGAACUAUCUAAUUUAAAAAAAGAACUGGAACUCACCAAUCAAAAGCUCGGAUCUAGCAUGCACAGUAUAAAAACGUUCUGGAGUCCUGAAUUAAAAAAAGAGCGAGCGCUUCGCAAAGAAGAGUCUGCAAAGUACUCUCUUAUCAAUGAUCAACUUAAACUACUUCAUUCUGAAAAUCAGAAACAGUCAAUGUUAGUUCGUCAACUAGAAGAAGAACUCAGGAUGAGAAUGCGUGGACCCAACAUGGAGCUUACCCAGCAAGUCGAAUUAUUAUUAAAUGAAAAUGACCACCUUACCAGGGAAGUUGCCAUUUUACGAGAAACGAUCAAGGAAUUAGAACUGAGAAUAGAAACUCAAAAACAAACUUUACAAUCCAGAGAUGAAAGUAUAAAAAAGUUGCUGGAUAUGCUUCAAAAUAAAGGCGUCGGUGGUAAAGUGGUAGAAGCUAUUGAAUUAGAGGCCCGCCAAGUUGACUUAGAGGCACGACUAUUAGAGAGUGAAAACCUUGUUCACCACUUCCAGUCUGUUAUCAGGAAUCGGGAUCAGGAACUCAACAGUACGAAGCGCGAUCUAAAGACUACCAAUGAUAAUCUUAAAGCAUUACAAAUGGAAUUAGAAAAAUCAUAUCAAACUCAGAGUAAAGGGGUUGCAUCUAGUGGUACGUUAACCGCUAUACUAGAAACCAAGGAUGCCCGUAUAAUGACUCUUGAAAAAGAAGUCGGUUUAUUGGAACAAGAGUUGGAUAGGUUACGGCUUUAUGCUGGAUCAACUGGCCACGUUCUUGAUAGAAGUGUUCAGUUUGCGUCUACUCCCACGUUCAAACAUCAACUAGAAGAGUUCCGGUCAGAAAUUCAAAGGCGUGAUCAAGAAAUCGUGGCCAUGAGUGCCAAGAUGAAAACGCUAGAAGAACAGCAUACUGACUAUCAAAGACACAUUGGCGUUCUGAAGGAGUCAUUGAGUGCAAAAGAAGAACAUUAUACAAUGUUACAAGCGGACGUAGAAGAGUUGCGAACUAGAUUAGAAGAGAAAAAUCGCGUAAUCGAGAAAAAAACACAAGCUGCCUUACAAGCAACACAAGAAAAAAACAAAGUGAUUAGUGAAAUGAAUGAGUUUAAGGACCACGUGGAUAUAAAAGAUAGAAAAAUUAAUGUCCUCCAAAGAAAAAUUGAAAAUCUUGAAGACUUAUUAAAAGAAAAAGAUAACCAAGUAGAAAUGGCUAGAACAAGGUUAGCUUCACUUCAAGCUCAUCAGUGUUCAUCAGAAGGUGCUGUAACUAGUUUAGAAGAAGCUAUUGGUGACAAAGAAAAACAAAUGAACCAAUUAAGAGAACAAAGGGAUCGCGCCGAACAAGACCGUCAAGAAGAAAGAGAUUUACAUGAAAGAGAUAUUGCUGAUUUUAAACUAAAACUUCAUUCUCUCGAGAGUGAAGUAGAAAAAUUGCAUACGCGGUUAAAUCGAGCAAACUGUGAGAAGAAUCGAUUAGAAGAACGCUUAGAGCAAUCUCAGAGUGACCUUGGUAAAUCUAAAGCAGAGUUGGAAAAAGCAUCAAGUGAAGUUAAUAGAAAUGGUUCUGAUUGGGAAUAUACAAGACAAAAGUUUGCUAGAUUAGAAUUAGAAAACGCACAACUGCGUCAAGACUUAGAACUAUCACAAACUACUUUUGGAAGGAGCACACUAACUAAAUCACAAGAAAUGGAAAGAUUACAAGACAGAGCUGACAAAGCUCUUUCGGAUUUAAGAGCAGCACAGGCAGAUCUUCGUAUUACACGUGCUGAUAAUGACAAGCUCAUAUUAGAAAUGAAAGCAUUGCAAGAAAAAAAUGAGAUGACACAGGGUGAAAUUUAUCGUCUAGUAACAAAACUUGAAAAAUCUCAAGGUGAAAUAAAUAAUGUUAAAGAAGAGUACGAUCGAAACCAAUCAAGUGUUACACGAAUUUUAGCCGAAAGAGAAAAGGCACUUGUUGAACUUGAAAAAACAAAAGAAGAAUUAGAACGAUCUCAAAGCACUUUAGGUAAAGCUCAAUUACAACAAGAUAAAUUACAAAUGGCUCUGGAUGAUACGCAAAGAGAAGCUGAUAGAGCACAAGAUUCUUUAAACAAAGUUACUAGUGAAUUAAGAAAGUUGCACAUUGAAAAAGAGCAAAAUCUAUUUGAUUUUACAAACCUGCAAACACAACUUGACAAAGCUCUUGGUCAAGCAGCUCGUCUGCAAAAGGAUAAAGAAGUAAUUCAAAUGGACUUAGAUAGUCUUAAGAGCAAAUAUGAAAUUAGUCAAUCUAUGGUUGCUAGAUUGCAAAAGGAAAAAAGUUUAUUACAAGAUGACAGUGAUAAAAAAAAAAGUGAUGCUGAUAUGUUACAUUCGCAAAUUAUGAAAUAUCAAAGAGAAAAAGAAAAAUUACAAGCUGAACUUGAUAUGACUGAAGAGAGAUUUGAAAAAACUCAAUCUUUACUCAAAAAAACUCAACUCGAAAAAGAAGAUAUAAUGAAUGAAAUUGAUAUUCAGAAAGAAAAAUUAGAAAAAUGUCAAAAAACAAUGUACGAAUGUGUCCAAGACAAGAAUAGUGCUAAAGAUGAGUUAGAUCGAAUUGUUGAAAAAUACGAAAGAUUACAAAACGACUUCUAUCAACUCAAAAAAUCAUUAGAAAUAGCAGAAAAUGAAAAAGAUGAUGUAAAAUUAGAAAUGGAGAAAUUACAAUUGCAUACAAUGAAAGCAAGAGAAGAUCAACGAAAAGCAAAAUCUGAAAUUCAGGAGAUACAAGAAGCUUACGACAGAGUUUUAAUGCAACUUGAAAGAACUAAAGACGUUGAAGAUAAGUUUAAAGAUGAAAAAGAUCAUUUAAUGGAUAGUUUAGAAAUGAUGAAAGAACGAUGUGAUAAAUUACAAACAGAGGUCAGAAGAUUGACUACAGACAGAGAUAAAUUACAAACUGAUGCUAUGAACAAUUCAUACGAGAUGGAACGAGCUCAUUCUCAAAUUUCUAAAACACAAGCUAUGUUAGAAGAUCAACAAAAAGAUGUAAAUAAACUCACCGUUGAGUUAGAUAAAAUGUCCGAUAAAUAUAAUAAACUAAUGUCAGAGUACAAAAAGUCACAAACAGAAAUAGAUUCCUACAAAUCUCAAGCAUCAAGUUAUAAAGAGGAAGCUGAAAGAUAUUCAGUUAGACAGCAUGAGAGAGUUAAAGAAGAGUUAGAAAUAUUUAAAAGUAAAUAUUCGCAAGAAAUGGAACGAGCUGAGAAAAUGCAAACAUCAUUAAAAAAAUUAGAAGAAAAAAUACGUGAGUUAAACAUAGAAUUAGAAAAAAGUAAAUCAGAAUACUCUAAAUUCAAGAAAGAAAAUGAAAAAUUAGUAUUAGAGCAUGAAAAAAUGCAAAUAAAAUGUGAUAAAUUAUCAUCGGAAAAUGAAAAACUUAAAACUGAUAUAGUAACAGUUGGAGAACAGACUAGUUUUGAUUUGGAAAGAACUAAAGAGCGAUACACAAAAACUAAGCAAACUCAAGAAAAAACCGAAAUGGAAUUGUACAAAACUCAAAUGGAUGUAGAUAAAUUAAAAAAAGAAAACGAAAGGUUAAAAACUGAUUUAGUACGUGUUGAGGCAGAAUUAUUGCAGUUUAAACCAGAACGAGAUUAUGAUAGAUUCAUGAGAGAUAAGCCUGUUCUUGGUAGAUCACAAAGUACUUGUAAAGACUUUGGUGACUAUGAUAGAAUGAGAGAUCGAUUAGAACAAAGUCAAGCAAAAUGUCAUAGAAUAUCCGAAGAAAAAGUGAAAUUAGAAACAGAAUUGCAACAAAUGAAACGAGCUCUUGAACAACAACAAAAAAGUCAAACAAAUAGUGAGUUUAAUGUAAAAGAAAAUAUCGGAAAAGUUCAACAAGAUCUUAAUCAAGUAUUAAGAGAGAAAGAAAUUUUAUUAGAAAAACUUGAAGUUAAAGAAAAACAAUUACAAGAAUGGAGGUCACGGUUAGAUAGCUCUAGUAUAAUACUAACUGAAAGAGACGAACUUCUAAAACAAGUUAAGAUUGGCGAGAGACGUCUGGAAGAAUCUCAAAAACAAACUUCAAAGCUUAAUGCAGAUUUGAGAAAAGUAGUAUCUGAAAGAGAUGAAUUAAUAAAUAUGCUAAAAAAAUCACAGUCUGUACUGUUGCAAUGUCAAGAUAAAUUACAAGUCUCUGAAAGAAAUUUGGAACAUGAAAAAGAAGAAGUAAAACGAUUAAUGACUGAACUUAAAAAUCAAAACCAAAAUAAUAAGCAAAAUGUAGAGCAAGAUACAUUGCGAUUAAGAGAUCAAAUUAGAACAAAAGACAAAGAGUUAGAAACUUGUAAGAAUAAUUUAGCAAUUAAAGAACAAGAGUCUAAAACGUUACAGCAAGCUAUACAGCAAAUGCAGGCAGCAUUAAGAGAACGGGAUCAAGGAGCAGAUAGCGAAAGAAUAAAUAUACAAAAAUCAAUAGAUGCACAACGAAUGAUGAUGGAAGAACUUCAAAAGAAAUUGCAAGCAGCUCAACAACAAAUUAAUAGUAAAGAAUCAAAUAUAACAGAUCUUAAAAAACAACUUCAAGGAAUUCAGACAGAAAAUAAGAGGAAAACAGAUGAAUAUAUUUCUAAAAUAACAACAUUGGAAAAACAACUUCAAGUUUCAGCAAGUUCAAAUGACAAUGCGUUAAAAGAAGAUGUAAGAAAACUUUUGGAUGAAUUAGACCACACUCAAGGUGAUCUUAAAAAUCUUUCAAUUGAAAAAGAUAAAUUACAAGCGCAAAAUCAACAAUUUAGAAACGAACUAGAAAAAAAGAAGCUUGAACUUCAAGAAGCUCACAAAAAAGUACAGAUAACGUCAUCAAAAGCUAAUGAAGAGACUACUUCCUUAAAAGCACAACUUGAAGAGCAAAAACGACAGUUGGAAGCACAACGUCGACAACUCGAAGAAUUAAGAAAAAGUAUUGAUGGUCGGUCGAAACAAUUGGAAGAAAAAGAAAAGCAUGUUGCUGAAUUAGAUGCAAAGUUAAAAAAAAGAAAGGAAAAUUUAGAUUUAUUAGAAUCACAAAUUAAUAAAGGAAAAUCUCAAUCUGGAGAUAGUGAAUUGAUUAAAAAACUUCAUAAUCAAAUAGAAAGUUUACAAAAAGAGUUAGACAAAUGUAAAGAAGAAGCAAGUAGAUCACAGACAGACAUGGAACGUCUAUUACAAGUUGUUCAAAUGGGACAAGAAGAACAAAAUGCAAAAGAAAAACAAAUUAGGGAAUUACAAGAAGCAUUAAAAAAUGCACAAUUAAAACUGAGAGGUCCGCCCACUUCAUCUCACCAAUCUCCACAACAACUACGACAACCGAAAAAAGACGAUGAGACUUUAGACUACUCCGAAAAUUCAGAUAAUUUAUACUUAACUGAUGGAAAUUUAAAGAACGAAAUUGAAUCAAAAUUUAUAGUAGAACUAGAAGAGUUAUUAGAUGUGAUUCAAAUGAAAAAUGAUCAUAUAGAAGAGCUACAAGUAGCUCUUAAGGAAAGUGUUAUAAUAAUAUCAGAAAGAGAAGAUGAUCUUUAUAAAGAGCAGUCUAAAAGAAAAGAUGUACAAAAUCAGGUAUACAAAUUAGAAGAGCGGUUGUCAUUAGCUGAAAAACAGUGUAUUAAUUGCCGUGAGUUGAGUAAUAAACUAGAAGUUUUAAAAGAACAACUUUAUAAUUUUAAAAAUGAAAGGUACUCAAAGCUUCAAGAAUUGUCUCAACUGAGACAAGAAGCUUUAGAAUCAGCUAUUAGCGAAAAAGACGCCCACCUAGCGCUAUUGGAAUUUAACAGCACAAGGUCGGUGAAAAAUACAAAAGUAACUGAAAAAUUAAAAGUAGAGAGAGCCAGGCUGAUAAAACGUCUACAUGAAGAAACUGAAACUGCUAUUGAACUCCUCCAAGAAGCGGCCAAUUCAAAAAAUAAUAACUAUCUUAAUAAGAAUUUUCUAAAAUAAAGAAAUAUUUGAAAAACAUAAAAUAUCUUAUAUAGUUCCUAUUAUAAUUUUUUUUAUAAAUUUCUAAUUAAGUGGUAAUUUUAAUAAUUACACUACCGCAACUUCAACGUGUUUUAUGAAUAAUUUUUGUACUUACCUUUGCAAAUAAUUUUUUUUUGCUAUAUAAUAACGCAUGUAAAUAAUAUUUUUAUGAAAAAUUAUCAUUAUCAUGUAUACUGCUUAGAGGCAAUGUUAUUGUAUCUUCUUAAAUAAUAUUUUUAAAUAUUUUUAUAAAACUCUGAGUUACAUAGGCGCAAUUCCAAAAAAAAUAUUUGGAUGAGCUUAUUACAUCUAACUUCUCCCUUUCUAGAAUUUCUUUUUAUAUAAUUAUAUUGUAGUUGUUUUGAAAUUUUGGAAGGAAUAAGCCUCUUCCCAAUUUGCGCCUGUGCUAAGCUUUUACAUCUUAUUUAUAUUUGAUAAUUAACUAACAAAUUUUUUCGAUAUGACCAUAAAAUAUUUAAACAAUAAGGGCGCCUUUAUUUAUUUUAUUUUAGGUCUUCAAAUGACUUAAUUGAGCAUACCUAUUCCUUUUUUUUGAUUUUGAAACAUCUAGUAAAAAUUAAAAAAAAAAAUUAUUGUUAACUAAAUAAAACCGUUGUUAUGGAUCUCUUUCAUGAUAAUAAAUAAAACAUUUCUCAUUACUAUUUAUUUUAUAAAAUAUAUUUUAUGUUAAGUCAAAUUAAGAUAUAGUAAAAUAUUUAAACUGUUUUAUAAUCGUACUAUAUUUUAAAAACUAUAAUUAUACUGAUGUUAUGUGUUAAGAUUUUGUUAUAUUUUUUUCGUUAUAUUCUAAAUAGUAAUGGUAGUUUCAGCCGUAUGAAAAGACUAUUAUGAAUAAGAUAUUAGAAAUAAGAGAAUAUUCAUAAUUAUUUUUUUGUUAAUAAUUGUAUAAUUGUUAAUAUUUGAAUGGAAAAUUCCAGCACAAAACAUAGAUGUUUUAAAAUUUUUCAUUGUGCUAAUGUUAUACAAACAUUAUUUAACUUACCAUAAUUUAUUAAUGUAUAUAAAGCCACAAAAUUACCAAUAUUGUAUAAAAAAAAAUUAUAGUAGCACCAAACAUUUAGAAACUAGGUAUUUUAAAUAAUGAGUAAUAAUAAUUUAACGAAUAAAUAAUGAGUUAUUAAAAAUAGUUAUUUAUAAAAUAAUUCUUCGCAAAACUUUUACGAGACCAAUAAGUUUCUUUGGUACGUAUCCAAUUAAUUACUCUUUAAAAAAUGUUGAAAAAACUUUCUUGACGAUUAUUUUUAAUAAUAAAAAUAAUAUUUUAAAUAAAUAACCUAUUAUUGUUUCAGUAUUACUCUGAUAUUUGUUUUCUAAUCAUUUUUAUCUUAUAACAUUUUACAAACAACUUUUUACAGACUAUGUAUACCAUAUAUACAAAAUGUAUUAUUAUUUAUUUGAUUUUCAUUAAGAUUCAAUUUUAUUUUAUCUCUAACAAAAAUAGUAGACUUAAAAAGUCAUAAAUAAUUUUAAAUAUUAAAUAGUUAGAUAAUUGAGCUUUUCUAGCGUAAAUUUCUAUAUAAUAUACCCCUAUUAAUUAUUAACGCAAAAUCGUUCCCAUUCAAAUCAAAAAGAUUAUUUU